AUGGUUGGCAUCGGUGGUGGUGUUCCGCCCAAGGGGAGACUCCGCGACGUGUUGGAGACGGAGUACGAAUUGACCGGAUCAAAGAUACCGGAGAAUCUCCAUGCGCGGAAAGAGAGAUGGCCAAGGCUGGCGCCGAAGUAUUCGAGAUCGAAUCUACUCGAGAAUGUUCUAUUUAAAAAUGAUUACAGCAAUGCAAGUGCGAGGUCCAGGGAUUGUGAACUCCCCUCGGAUGAUGGACAAGGAGACGAGGAAGUGAACUGCCGAUUCUGUGACACGGCCAAGACCGAGAGGAAACCCAGAGAUAUGCGUGUACAGUACAGUCUUAUUGCGUCCGGUAACCGGGUCAUCAAGGGCGCUGUCUUCCGAGAAACUCUCAACAAGGACCUCGGCGGUCGUGUUCUCUGUGUCGAAAUGGAAGCGGUCGGGCUGAUGAACAAUUUUCCGUGCGUUGUCAUUCGAGGAAUCUGUGACUAG